AUGGAGAUUGUCCACGUUUACUCUCGCCUCCGCAGUGAGUUCGGCCGGGCUUGUCUCUUGUCUGACCGGGUCACGGAGCUCUCUCUGGACCUGCUCCCAGACCCCAGCCUCGGUGCCCAGUUCAUCCUUCGCACGCCCCGAGACCAGGCCUCCCAGGCCCGCUGCGACAUGUCCGAACACCAGGUGAACACGGAGCGCUUUGAGACAGAGAGCAGAGGGGUGAACCACACAGAGGGGGGCUGGCCCAAAGAUGUGGACCCCAAUGAGAUGGAACAGACCAUUCGAUUCCGCAAGAAAGUGGAGAAGGAUGAGGGUUUCAUGAACAGCAUCCCACAGCUGGGCAGUAUGAUGGCGCACUGUAUCCAGCAGAACAAUUCUCUAGAUAUUUAUCAGGAGUACUUCACAGACGAGGAUGAGGACGAGAGUGCAGAGCCACCAUCAGCCAAAACCAUCAAUGUUUUUAGAGACCCAAACAAGGUGAAGCGCACGGUCACAAGCCUGUCAUGGCAUCCGGAUGGAGGCAGAAAGUUGGCAGGUGCCUACUCCUGUUUACACUUCCAAACCUCGCACUCAAACAUGUGUGAGGACUCCUACAUCUGGGAUAUCGAAAACCCGAAUCUUCCAGAGUUAACUUUGAAGCCUGUGUCCCCUCUCAUUUGCAUCGAGUACAAUCCCAAAGAACCCCAUACACUGGUCGGAGGCACAUACAGUGGACAAAUCGCAUACUGGGAUACUCGGCGCGGCAGCCAGCCGGUGGAGCUUUCCUCAGUGGAGCACAGUCACAGAGACCCGGUUUAUAAGAUCAUGUGGCUUCAAUCCAAAACCGGGUUAGAUGCCUUCUCUGCUUCCACAGACGGACAGGUGCUCUGGUGGGACGUGCGGAAGCUGAGCGAGCCCACAGAGCGUCUGGUAUUGGACCCGAGCCGAGAGGGAAACCUGGAACAGGCUUUGGGAGCUAUCUGUCUGGAGUAUGAACCUACCAUGCCCACUAAGUUCAUGGUUGGGACAGAGCAGGGUGUGGUGCUUUCCUGUAACAGAAAGGCAAAGACCCCUGCGGAGAAGAUUGUGUGCUCAUAUGAGGGUCACCACGGGCCUGUGCAUGCUCUUCAUCGCAACCCUUUCUUCCCCAAAUAUUUCUUGACAGCAGGAGACUGGGCUGCAUGCAUCUGGUCAGAGGACAUCAGGGACUCGGCCAUCAUGUGGACCAGGUACCAGAUGUCGUACCUGACAGAUGCCUGCUGGAGCCCUGUGCGGCCCUCUGUCUUCUUCACCUCAAAGAUGGACGGCGUGCUGGAUGUGUGGGACGUUCUUUUUAAGCAGAAUGAUCCUUCGUUGAGUCUCAAGGUGUGUGACGAGCCCCUCUACUGCCUGCGUGUUCAGGACAGUGGGCAGAUGGUGGCGUGUGGCUCCGAGGGCGGUUCUGCUACGCUGCUGGAGUUCUGCUCUGGGUUGUCGUCUCUGCAGAAGAACGACAAGAGCCUGCUGGCGGCUAUGUUUGAGCGCGAGGCAAAGCGGGAGAAAAUCCUGGAGGCCCGACAGAGAGAGCAGCGUCUGAAAGAGCGCAGCCGAUCCGAGCAGAGCAACACUGGGCAGGGUGCGGGCGACUGCAUAGACGCUCACGAUGUGCAGCAGCUGAUUGCCCGAGCAGAGGAAGACUUCUACAGUGUGGUGGAGGCAGAGAAGCGGCGACGAGAGGAGCCACUCCAGGAUAAAGAUGCAAUAAAAGAAGUGAAUGGAGGGAAAGUGAUGCAGUGA